UGCUGGCCGCGGACGCAGAGCGGCGCGUCUUGAUCCGCGUGGAGCCUCUAGUUUCCUCCUCUGACGCGCUUCUGCUGCCUACUGAGAGAUCACGGGCGCCAUCUUGGAUCAAGAGAGGCUUUCAAACGGGAAAAAGUCGAAGAGGCAGGAAAGAAAACAACAACAACCGUUAAACACCCGCAAACCCGUUCGCUCGGACCGGCGGCGAGAAUGACACUCGGUCUGAAGUCAUGACAUCUGCUUUAAAGCACUUUUUAGAGACUCGGACGAAGUAAAGCAGCAUCAGCCGCCGGAGCGGGAGGUUUCCUCGUCCGCUGGGAAAGUUGUUGUGUUGUGUGUGUAUGUGUCAGCUCGCUCAAGAACACCUUUACCUGUCCGACAUGACCUCAGCCAAUUCAGAUAUACCUGAGGUGCCGUCUCUGGCCACAGCAUCUGGAUCUCUUGCUAACAGUGUUGUGCCGAAGGCCAACAACAAACGACAAGCCACCUCGGACUAUGACGACGACGAGGGAAGCAAAUUGUUCAGGUGUGAUGAUGAUGAUGAUGGAGGCGGAUCGAAUGACAAGGAGAAAUUUGCCAGGUAUUGAAUGAUGGAAAUCAGAAUGCAUUGAAAGUAUAAAUAUGAUCAUCUGAUCUUCUGUAAGUUCUCAAGUAUCAGAGUUGACCGGUGUUUCCUACGUGUGCUGGCUUCAUUAUGGUAUUCAUAGUGAAGUUUCCAAACACGCUUCCCGUCCUCCAUUGUUUGGCUGAACAGACAGUCCUGAUCCAAACUCAUGCCUUUGAUUCAGCCAACGUUGUUAAAUCAACCAAUGUUUUUUUUUAAACAAUAUCUUUGUCUUUGCAUAUCAUUUAAUCGGAUUG